CGAUACUGCCAUCUACUUUGAAGGAACUGAAGGUGAAGCCUCAAGUUAAGGAGACUUGAUCAUCAAGAUUUAUAGAUUUUGAAUUUCUCAUUCUUAAACCUGGUGGUCAACCAUUUUGUGGAUGAGUUGUUCCAGCUCCUGGAUGAAGAGGGUUAUCUUGUUCAAAUUCCAACAUGGCUUCAAACUGAAGUUAGAGAUUGAUAUAGUUUUGUUGUAGCCGUCUUUACUGAAACAAUAGCAUUAGAGACUUCUGAGGGAAAGUCUGGGAGCACGUCUACCCAUACAGGGUUUUGUGAGCCUUGCACUUUGAUGGAAGAUUUCAACUUAAAGAAAUGACAUCUCCUCUUUGUCCCAGGGAAUGCAAACUGACCAGAAAAGAUAAAGAGAGCUAUGGAUUUUGUCUGCGCCUUGAGAAACACAAAACCGGUCACCUAAUUAGAAAUGUGAUACAAGGCAGCCCGGCUGAAAAGGCUGGUCUGAAAGAUGGAGACAGAGUCCUGAGGGUCAAUGGGGUAUUUGUAGACAAGGAAGACCAUGGACAGGUAGCUGAUUUAGUUAGGAAAAAUAAGAAUUCUGUGAUAUUCCUUGUCUUGGAUGAAAAAUCUUAUGAAAAAGCACAAAAAGAAGGAACUGCAUUGGAAAAACUGGGUCAGAAGUCAGAGACACAGCAUCCGCUAGAAUAUCCCCCACCUGCAACGAACAGUGAGCCUGUUCCAGUUCCACAACCCCGGCUCUGCUAUCUGACAAAGGAUGGGGAAAAUAGCUAUGGUUUUUCCUUGAAAACCACUGCAGGUCAAAAGGGAUUGUUCAUUAUUGACAUAUCCCCACAAGGGCCAGCUGCAAAAGCUGGAGUGCAGCCCAAUGACCGCCUGAUUGAAGUCAAUGGAGAGAAUGUGGAAAAUGACACUCAUGAGGAAGUGGUUGAGAAGGUGAGAAGAUCUGGAAACCAAGUUGUAUUUCUGUUGUCAAAUAAAGAAACAGACUGGUAUUACAACAGACAGAAUAUGCCACUGAAGAGAGAAAUGGCCAGUCUGGAAUUUUUACCACACAAACCUCGGACCAUUGAGCUCAAAAAAGGAAAUAAUGGCUAUGGAUUCUGUCUGAGAAUGGAACAGAAUUGUAAAGGUCACUUAAUUAAGGACAUUGAUUCUGGUAGUCCAGCAGCUAAAGCAGGUCUCAAGGAAAAUGAUGUUCUUGUGGCUGUAAAUGGAGAGCUGGUUGAGAGACUGGACCACAACUCUGUGGUAGACAAGAUCAAGGAAUCGGGUGAAAAAACUACACUGCUAGUGAUGGAUGAAGAGACUGACACCAUGUACAAAAUGGCUCAAAUUUCUCCAUGUCACAAAGCAACGGUGCCAUCUCUAAGUGAAGCAGAAGUGUUGACACACCAUAUUGAACAGGAGAACCACCAGCCCAGACUCUGCAACCUAGUCAAGGGUCCCAAUGGAUUUGGUUUUCAUCUGAACGCUGUCAAGGAUUUGCCUGGCCAGUUAAUCAAGCAGGUACAGAAGGGUGGACCAGCAGAUCUAGCUGGGUUGAAAGAUGAUGACAUUUUGAUAGAAGUGAAUGGUGUGAAUGUGGAAAAUGAAGACUAUGAAAACGUGGUGGCAAGAAUCCGGGAGGGCAGCAACAGGCUGACACUACUGGUGCGUGCAGAAAAGACUCACCAGCACUUCAGGUCCGAGAAUCCCUCUGCUGCUGCCACUUCUAUGGCAGCUCUGCCACAUGAUUACAGUAAUGAUCCUCCUCCUUACACAGAGGUACAAGAGCCACAAAGACUGUUGUCAGAAGCACAUGAGACGGCCAGCUCGUCCUCCUCUUCACUCUCAGUUGACUCAGAAGAAGAAGAUACCAAAUUGUGAGGAUGCCACAAACCAACAUCUCCAUCCUAAUGGGCUACCCUAGCUUGUUCCCAUUCUGAAGCAAAGUUAAUAUCACUAUAUAUAAAUGCUUAUUUGAAACAUAUUCCCACUAGACGAUGCAGGAAUUACUCCUAUUGGUCAGGUGGACCAAUCGUAUAAUUGGUUUCAGUGGAGGAAGUGAUUGUUGGAUUCCUGAACCAUCUUUGUUUAAGUAGCAAAUCUGCCCACACUGACCACAAUCCAGCACUGCAGUGCUUAAGUUUCAUUAAAAUAAUUGUGACAAAUGUAUUUAAUCCCGCUAAUUAGAGAUAGAGAGGCCCCUCAAUGGUACAUGAGCAGUUACUACAUGUCUUCCAAAUAAAUUUUU